UACUGGGAUCCUCAUAGCAAAGGACUGAUCCUUUAGUUCCAUCAACUAUAACAAAUAUUUCUCUGCACUCAAUUUUCUUUUGGCUUUUAGUUCAAGAGUUAAAUAAGUGCCACCUUCAUGGUGUAAGAGGCUAUCUUUAGUCAAGACUUUGAUUCAUUGAAGUCUAUGUCCAAGAAAGUAUACAAUAUUAUGUGGUAGCAGAGUACUUUAAUGCAUGCAUUUAAUUGUUUGUUUGUUUACUUAGAUGGUUGUAAUCUAGUAUCUAAUAUUGAUACUUCCCUUAAUUUUCAGGCAUUUUUUUAUAUCCUUAUUCGUCCAUUCUCAAGAAAUGCUUUCAGAAGGAUCAAUAAGGGAAUCAUGGAACUACUAUCACUGGAACUCAUCUGGCUUUUCGACUGGUGGGCGAAUAAUAAGGUUCAGCUAUUUGCAGAUAAAGAAAUCAUUGAACUCAUGGGAAAGGAGCGAGCACUUGUCAUUUGUAACCAUAGAAGUGAUAUUGAUUGGCUUGUCGGAUGGGUAUUAGCACAGCACGCAGGGUGCCUUGGUAGCUGCUUAGCCAUUAUAAAGAAAGAGAUAUUAUGCCUCCCUGUCAUUGGCUGGGCAAUGUGGUUUUCUGGUUAUAUUUUUUUGCAGAGAAGUUGGGCCAAAGACGAAAACACCCUAAAGUCUGGAUUUGAGGGGCUAAAUGAUUUCCCUUUACCUUUUUGGUUGGCUCUUUUUGUUGAAGGAACACGUUUUACCCAGGCAAAACUUUUUGCAGCCCAACAAUAUGCUGCUUCAGUUGGGCUGCCUGUUCCAAGGAAUGUCCUGAUUCCUCGUACCAAGGGUUUUGUUGCAGCAGUAACUCAUCUGCGAUUACAUGUUCCUGCAAUAUAUAAUAUUACAGUUGCUAUCCCAAAAGAUGAACCUUGUCCUACCCUUUUGAGAAUCUUCAGGGGGCGUUCUUCUACGGUACAUGUGCAUAUUAAGCGACAUCUAAUGCAGGAAUUACCUGAAACUAGUAGUGGGAUUGCACAGUGGUGCAAAGACGUAUUCGUUGCAAAGGAUGCUUUAUUAGAGCAACAUCUCGAAACGAACACGUUUGGACCUGGACUGCCUCAUGAGCUUCGCAGAACAAAGAAAUCCUUAAUGGUCGUGAUUUGCUGGUCGUGUUUCCUACUUGGUGCCGUUGUGAGCUUGUUGGAACGUGUCCCAUUCUCGUGGGGAGAAGUGGCCUUUUGCUUGUCGUUCUUGGGUAUCACGGUCAUCCUCAUGCACGUACUCAUUAUGUUUAGUCAGUCGGAGCGUUCGACUCCUCCAAAGGAGCACCAACCGGAUCCGUUGAAUCAGGUGCUCCUUCAAAAUUGAGCGUUCGUAUACAAGAACGAUGGCUAUGCAUGCAAGUCAGGUAGAUCUUAUAUAGGUUGCAAUGUACCACAUUUCAAGCUAGUAUGUGGUUUUUCUGGUUUUAUUUAUUUGUUUAUUUAUUUUCUCAAAGAAGGAUAAUGUCAUUUUUCCUUCUUUUUCCAAGUUUACUGUAUUUUAUUUUUUUA